AUGUCCGUUCUUCAAGUUGGCGACCUCGUGUCCUACCAGCUCCGCACCGCCUACCUCAAUGAAGUCGCCGACGGCGUGGGCGAGCGCCUCAUCAUCCUCAACGAAACCAUUGUGAACUCGGCUCCGUUCAAAGCAGCAGGAUGGCGCGCUAAUGCCGGCCUCAUAAAGCGCACCCACUCACCGCCGAUCCCCACUGCUGUCGCCUCUGAAUACUUUCGCGCACCGCGGACGCUCGGUUUCACACUCGAAGAUGAGCCCAACGAGGGCGGUGGUAUCCUCGGGGGUGGUGGAAGCGGGAUGGGCGGUGGCCGAGGCGGUCGGAACGGCGGCGCAGGGAGCGUCAUCAGCGGCGGCGGCGGCGGUGGUGGGCCAGAUACAAUGGGGCCAGUCGCGGCCGCAACAAAACGGCGGCGGCGGCGUGAGCAGCUCGACGAGGACGAGGACAGCAGUGAUCUGAGCGACGAGAGCGACGACGAUGGCAGCACCGACCAACGCGCGGCCCAGCAAAUAAAGUUUGCCAAGAUGCCCAUCCGCCACCGGUCUGGCUCAUCGCCGCUGCAAUCGUCGAACCUGCGGAAUCCACCCAUCGGGCCCAUGUCCACGGCCACUGCCGCUGCAACAGCGGCUGUGUCCGCGGCCGCGGCAACGACAGGAGGAGCGGCGGGGACAGCCUCGCCGGGACGAGGUGGUCCGCCACGACGAGGCUCGCAAUCGGCGCUCGAGGUCGUCAAGGAGCAUGCUCGGCGUGACACGGUCACGAGCAGUGAGUUGUCGUCCGAGAGCGAGUUCGACGCGUCCGGCUUCCACCAGCAGCGCGACCGGGAGCGUGAGCGCGAGCACGCAUCGAGUCGGGGCAGUGCCCGUGCCAAAGCUGCUUCGUCGCGCCUACAGGCGUCCAGUGGCAGCAACACGGCUCUCAACAAAGCCCGGAGCGGGAGUCUCGGUGGCAGCUCGGCGAGCGGCGGCGCCGUAGCGGACAACGGCUCGUCUCUAGGCAUUAAACGACAAGAGAGCGACCUGCUCGAAGAGGAACGUGAACUCGAGCAUCUCCAACCCAGCGACGACUCGGACAACUCGGACAUGUCGUCGACGUUUGGCGGUAGCAUUGACUCGGCCUCCAUCCUGCAGUCUGUCGGCGAGAAUCCCCUCAACCCACAGCCACCGCCCAACGACGGACCCAUUGUCGGCACGCCGCCACGGGAAUUCACGCGCACGUCGACUGUCCGUCGGUCCGUGCACCCCGCUCCGCAUCUGCCCAUCGGUGACCUGCCACCGCCUCGGCCCAUGAGCGCCAUCCGCCCCGUGAGCAUGGUGCCGCCACGGAGUCUGCUGACCGCGGCCCUCAAGUCCAAAACGACAUCCUCCAUGCCCUUCGACCGCUUUGCGACUCUAUCUGGCCAGGGCGAGCAGAACCCCAUCAUGGUGCGCAUCUAUGUGCCCUCGUCGAAGCAGCCUUCGAAGCCAUUCGAGGUGGCUAUCCGACAGUCCGUUCACCAGGAGAACAGCAACGAACGCGCCGUCACAGUGGCCGACCUGAUUGGCCUGAGUCUGUGGCGGUACAUUGAAGAAAAGCGUGAGCCUCCGCUGCCAGCCAACCGCCUCAACAUCAACUGGUGGACGCUGCGCAUGGUGGAGGAGGGCGGCGAGGUCGACGACGAUUUCCCGCCGCUCGAGCGCACCAAGGCGCUCGUGUCCUUUACGACGGCCAACAACAGCAAAGGCAUGCGCUUCCGCUCCAACUCCAAAGUGUACGACGACUUUGGCCUUGUCGAGGCUUCGGCAUCCGAGUUUGCCAACAACCAGGUCGCAACGCCGCAGCCGGCCGAGGAGACGACGUCGGACGCCGAGGACAAGGAUGCUGCUGGCGGCGCGCCUCUCGACGAGGACGGCGAACGCACACCUCGGAAUAUGACGCCGCAGCCGGGCGCCGUGUCGUCUGCAGCUCUCCGAGACCAUCAACAACAAUCCAAACCGCCAUCACAGCUCCUGAGCUCCAUUAACCUUCGAGACAAGCAGUUUGUGCCUCUGGACCAGCCGCGAAGAAAUCCGAUUCUGACGACCAUGUUCCGAGCCGAUGUGAACCACGCCGAUGUGCCUGCGACCACCGCGGCCCCCAAUCUGGCUCGCGGCCGCAAGAAGCUGCUUCGUGUACACAUCCACUCAAUCGAUGCGGCUCCAGGUCAGAUGGUCACUGUCGAUGUGACGACGGAUACGUAUCUCGAAGAGGUGCUCGAUUUGGUCUGCAAGCGGCGCCGCCUGGACAAGGCCAACCACAUACUCAAACUUCCCGGUUCGGGCGUCGUUGUGCUGACAGACCGUGCCGUCGCGUCUAUUGGCAAUGUGUCCGACUUGGACCUCUGUCGGAAGCGUUUUGCCUCGGAGACGCCUGGUGCGGGAGGCGGGUAUUCGCCCGGCAGCGGAGGGUCGCCGAAGCUGUCCUCCGACGGUCUUGGCGGCUCGGCCGUCGGCUUGGGGGGCUCGUCGUCUGCAGCCGCGGCCGCGUCGCGACGCUUCCGCAAAGCGGCGGGCACAACUCCCGGCUCGCACCCGCUUGCGCGUGAAGCGCUGCGGGCGGGCGUCCUUGGACCCGUUGCUGGCAACGGCGGACUCGACCAGGUCAGCGACGCCAACUACAAGAAAUACACGGUGUGGCGGCGCCAGGGCCUCAAGAUUAUGGGCUCCAGCGAGCGCGUGCUGACCAUUGACGGCGAGUACGUGCAUAUCUCGCACGCUGCCAACAACCUCGGCGGCACCAGCAGCCACGGCAAGAUGACGACGGUGCACUUUAGCAACGUGGUGGGCUGCAAGGUGUCGCUGCGGCACCCGACGCACUUUAAGCUCAUCGUCUACAAGGCGACGGAGAGCAAGCGGUACGACUUUGAGGCCAAGUCGGCCGACGAGGCCACGGAGAUUGUCGGCGAGCUGAAAAAGGCCAUGUCGCCGUACCGGGAUACGUAA